CAGUUAUAAUUUGGUGAAAGUUACAUGAAAGAGUUGGUGCUGCAUCUCGGGUGGAGGAUCUAAAUACGGCACGGCAACUCACGGGUUUCCAAAAGCCUGAGAAGCAAGUGAGCGAAUUGACCGCAUUCUGGGCAUAUUGCUGUAGCUGUAAAAUGAUCAGGUUUCUUUUGAUACAAAACCGAGCAGGCAAAACAAGACUAGCAAAAUGGUACAUUCCAUUGGAUGAUGAUGAAAAGCAAAAACUUAUUGAGGAAGUACAUGCUGUUGUGACCAUAAGAGAUGCAAAGCACACCAAUUUUGUUGAAUUUCGGAACUUCAAAAUUGUUUACCGGAGAUAUGCUGGCUUAUACUUUUGUUUCUGUGUUGAUGUUGACGACAACAAUCUUUCAUACCUUGAAGCCAUCCACAAUUUCGUGGAGGUUCUGAACGAAUUCUUCCACAAUGUUUGUGAACUUGACUUGGUAUUCAACUUUUACAAGGUAUACUCUGUUGUUGAUGAAAUGUUUCUUGCUGGCGAAAUUCGAGAAACAAGCCAAAGCAAAGUCUUGAAGCAACUGCAAACAUUAAACACUCUUGAAUAAGCCAAUCUAUACAUAGAACAAUCCAUUUUAUGUCAUCAAUCUACCACUGCAGUGUAGAAUAUUUCAUAUUUACCACAAAGUAAAAUUCUUAUUAAAGUUAUUUGCUUAGUAAACCUCAAUGUCCAUGAGACAUGAUUCAGAUUUUCAGUGGUUUGAGGAGGUGGCCCAGGCAAGGAUCUUUUGAUAAGUUUACUUAUAUUUAGAACUCUCUUUUCUCUAUCAUAAAUAUUAUCUUGUCAUUUUCUUCAAAAUUAUGGUCCUGUCGACUUACUGAUGUUACCUUUGAUUUCUGGAUGUUUCGUUACUGGUUCUAGGCGACUUUUGUUUCUUUAAGAUGCUGUUAACUUAAAGUUUUUUAUGUUAAUAUGGUGUUUUCUAAUUUCUUAAAAACAAGGAAAUAUGAAUUUGUUUCACUAUUGAGUCAACCAUCAAUCUUUAGGGUCACUCAUAAAAAUAUUGGAUAGCCAUCACGGAGCUUUUAGAAUGGACAGUAAAAAACGUUAAUGGAAAUUGGUACUCUAUGAAAUAAACUAGUAGUUUCUGCAAUAAACUCGCGGAUAUGAAUGUAAAUUGUUUUCAUCACGUUUCACGCACCUAUUUUUGGCUGCAACCUGUCCUUAUAGUAACAUGGUACAAACAUGCUUAUUUCAAUAAAUGCUUAAGUUGUCGACUUAUGGUAUGAAAUUACAGUUUGAAAUUUAAGAUUUGUCAUUAUAGACUGAUUGGUUUCUGUAUUUUGAAACCAACAGCUUCAGUGAUAAAUAUCAUAUAGCAGUUUGAAAUUGUAUAGCUGAACUAAUAGUCUAGAUUUGCUUAUUGUUAAAGCUACCACAUCGAAUGGUCACCAUUAUUCUGAUUUGUCAUUUGAAUAUAUUGUCAA